AUGGAAGGGGAGAACAACCCAUCUCCCACUACAUUCAGAGGUUUUGCUCAUUGGGAAACCAAUCCAAACCCUAACCCUCCUCCCAAUCCAGCUCUUGUGUCACUGGUGAAGAAGAAGAGGAAUCUUCCAGGAACUCUAGGUGCCAUACCCAUUGGAGUUUGCUAUGGAAGAGUUUCAGAUAAUCUACCAUCUCCUCAAAAAGUAAUAAACCUCUACAAGAAAUCCAAAAUUGAAAGAAUUAGGAUCUAUGAACCUAACACUCAAGUGCUCAAUGCUCUAAGGGGUUCCAACCUCUUACUCUCUCUUGGUACAAGAAAUGAAGAUUUGCCUAAAUUGGCAACAAGCCCAGAAGCAGCCAAAGCUUGGGUUAACACCAACAUUGUUCCAUACAAAAAUGAUGUCCAUAUAACAUGGAUUUCAGUAGGAAAUGAAGUGAUUCCAGGUUCACUAGCACAACAUGUUCCAAAUGCAAUGAACAACCUCUACAAUGCUUUAGUCUCAAUUGGCUUAAGCAAUGUUAAGGUCACCACAACUGUUCCAGCUAGUGUUUUAGGUGUUUCUUAUCCACCAUCUCAAGGUGUCUUCACUGCCCAAGUGACUCCUAUUAUGGCAUAUGUCUUAGAUUUCUUAACUAAGACAAGUUCACCACUCAUGAUCAAUGCCUACCCUUAUUUUGCUUAUGCUUCUGAUCCAACCCAUAUUUCAUUGGAUUUUGCAUUAUUUGCUAACCAUUCUGUGGUGAUAGAUGGAAAAUUGAGCUAUUCUAGCUUGUUUGAUGCUAUGGUGGAUGCAUUUUACUCAGCUAUGGAAAGGGCUGGUGGAUCUAAUGUUUCUAUUGUUGUAUCAGAGAGUGGUUGGCCAAGUGCUGGUAAUGAACCUUAUACAAGUAUUGCUAAUGCAAAGAUUUACAACUCAAGGCUUAGGGCAAGAGUAUUAUCUACUACUAAUCCAGGGACUCCUAAAAGGCCACAUGCUACCUUGGAUACAUUCUUCUUUGCCAUGUUUAAUGAAGACCUAAAACCUGCUGGAGUAGAGCAACACUUUGGUUUCUUUUAUCCUAAUAUGAAACCUGUAUAUCCCUUUUGGUAG